AUGUUCAUCGAUUCACGAAAGAAGAAGAACAUGGACCCGCGGAGUUACGAAAAUCAUCCCCAAUCGGAGGAGCAAAGUCUCGUUCCGUUCUUAAUUAAAUCGCAAAUUAAGUCUCUAUCCCUGACCAAAAAGAGACCCAAAGGCCCAAAGUUGAAGACGCGGCCCCCACAAAGUUGGUCAUCGAACGUACGAUAUACGUUCUUAGAAGCAGGUCCGAUUUUUUUGACACCCCGUACGAAGAAACCACUAACUGAAAGCGUCGGAGAGCGGACUCCUGCACUAGAAUCGCGCAGUCCUCCAAUUAGUCCCCGCGGAACCUGUGUUCCCCUACAUUUCAAUUGGCCGACGAUCAUCGAAAUGAUUCUGGCAAAAAGCGCGAGCACAAGUCGCUCGUUCGUUGGUGGAAAGAGGGCAGCGGAGCUGUCUGUAAAUCGUCGCAUUCUCGGAUCGGUGGCCGGAGUCGCAACAAGAACGAGAGGACGCCUGUCAAGGAACGGUACAGGCGGAGGGAUCGCUGGAAAAGAUCGACCCGCGAGACGUCUCGAAGCCACCGGUAGCUGGUCGGUAUCCGGCCGGUGUCGAAGAGGCCGGCCAGCCUUAAAAAGUGGACCAAUUUUCAGUAAUUUGUACGCGUUGGUGCCGCGAACGCGCACGUAUCCGUUCGUGCUGGCAGCACGAGGAUCGUGCUUCCUCUCUUUCGAGACCCCC